AUGGCUGUCAAGCAUGUGUUCAUCAUUGUUGUUGUUAUUUUUCCUAUUAUUGUCUCCGCGACGGACUUCAUAGUUGGAGAUGAGAAAGGGUGGACAGUAAAUUUUGAUUAUCAAGCAUGGGUGCGAGGCAAGGAUUUUCGGGUUGGCGACAAACUUGUUUUUCUGUAUCCAGAAGAAGCUCACAAUGUCUUCAAAGUUAAUGGAACUGGGUUUCAGAAUUGCAAUGCGCCGCCAUUGAAAGAAGCUCUAACUUCAGGAAAGGACACAGUUGUGCUUUCAACCCCGGGGCAUAAAUAG